AUGGCGAAGAUCGUUUUGGCAGGUCGCUCUGACUGUCCCUACUUGGCACGUUGUGAGUUGCUCGGUGACCGGUUAGCUAGAAAUCUUCGCAAGUUCAAGCUACACAAAAUUAUUCUACAGCCAGAACAAUGGGAGAGCUGGCUGGCAGAGACUUGCAAGGAAAGAGGAUGGAGCUUCAAGAAAUCGCCCAUUGUCUGGAGAGAGUUGAUUGACAGGGGAGGUAAAGGUGUUCUCAUCGGGGAUGCCAAUGACUUUCAGGAGUAUGCAAAAGCUUACUACGAUGUCCUGUCAGAGAUGACCACCCUGGACAUGAAUGUGGUCAGCUUGGAAAACAAGAUCACCAAGGACAUGUCUGAUGAACAGGAGCGGUAUUACAGAAGUCUGUCGCAACCUAUCACUGUCUGCAUCACCAAUGCAGGCAACCCCGUCUGCUACUAUCUGCUCAAUUCUCUUGUCUCUGGUGAAGUGUUUGGUCCAGAUGUGGAAAUUAUCGUCCAUCUGCUUGCCUCCUCGGUCAAUGACUAUGAACUCGUGAAGGGGACAGCGAUGGAAGCCGAAGACCUUGCCAGCAGAUUCUUGAGGGGUGUCAAAGUCUUCACUAAUGCCCAUGAUGCAUUUGAAGACUGCAAAUUUAUUAUUUCAUUGGACACUUUGAGUAAAAGAAAAAAUGAAUCAGAAAAAGAAUGGCUUGAAAGGAACGAGGAAUUUUUCAGUAUCUUUGCUUUCAUAAUAAAUGAUAAAGCUCACAAGUUAUGUAAGGUGCUUUUGUGUGGUAACGGCCCCGUCAACUUUAAUGCAACAAUUGUGGCAGAGAAUGCUCCAAAUUUGCCUCAUCAGAACAUUGUGGUGGUUUCAGCUCUGAUAGAGAAUUAUGCCAAAUCAGUGAUUGCAGAGAAAUUGAAUGUCAACACAGCAGGUGUGGUUAACCUGAUAGUCUGGGGAAACAUUACUGGAAAGUACUUCUUGGAUUUAAACCAUUGUCGCAUCCAUGGCUACAGAGGAGCAGUAAAAGGCCCUGAGUGGUAUUCUGUGCAGGCAGUGGAGAUGAUCCAUGACAAGAAGUGGAUUCAGAAAGAUCUGCCAAGACUUGUUGCCACCAGACACCUGAAGACAGUGGAGGUUGAGGACAACUCCCACAGCGGUCUGUGCUCUGCCAAUGCUAUAGCCAGCAUGUUACAGCACUGGUGCCGAGGAUCCCCUCGGAGUGAAAUCUUUUCUUUAGGUGUCUCCUCAGAAGGUUGGUAUGGCGCACCAGUUGGGAUGUUCUUCUCAUUUCCGGUGACCAUGACACUAAGUGGGUCUUGGCAAGUGGUCCAAGAUAUUGAGGUCACCAAAGAGACUGUAGAAGUCAUUGAAGCUUGUAUCAUGGAGCAAGGCCAGCAGUUUUUGCUAUGUAUGGGUGACAGAAGAAUGUCAGAAAGCCCCAAAAUCUUGGAUCAAGCCAGCCAGAGUAAUGAUACGAUGAGCCUGUGGUCACAGCUAAGCCUUGGUAGAAGAUCUACUGUUGGAGGCCAUCUGUCAACAAGACCAGCUGCUGAGGUAGGAGCUAAGUUCCAGGAUGACACGGAAGAAGGCAAGAUCAGCCGGGAUGUGCUGAAGGAAAUACAAUCAUUGCUUGAAGAGAACACUUUAACACCAGCAGACGUGACCCUUGACCCAGAAGAUACCAUAGUGACUGAUAACUUGUCCCAGUCAGAUUCUCAUCCUCCACCAACAGAUGAGGACAACACCUCCCUGGAAGCAGUUACAAUUGAGGAGGUUAGCACUGCACCCAAGGGCAGUUAG